AUGGCUGAACUCACUUCAGGUCACGACUUCGUUUCUCCCGCCCAGCGCACCCUUGCAAAUCCUUCCGAGCAAGAAGCGUUAGAACUUGACCUCACCCUCUCCCGGUCGUUGGCCCUACAAUCCGUACCAAGCACAACUCAAAGCGAAAGCAAACUCUCAAGAUGGUGGAGGAGACAUAUCGUAAUAGGUGUGCCUCACACUAAGUGCCGUGACCAUUUAGCAAAUGAGAGAACGUACCUAAGCUAUGUUCGCACUGGUCAGGCAUUUGCCGUUUUGGGAGUCAUCGUUGCCCAGGUACUGCGCAUUCAACACAGUCUUGCUCCCAAUCCAAUCAUUGGGUUUUUCGUCGUCAGCGUACCUUUGUCCUGCGUCUGCCUUGGGACGGCAAUAGUUAUAUCUACGCUUGGAGCUCUCAGGUUCCUCCGAUGUCAAAAGGAAAUGGCUCGAGGCUAUGCUGUAUCUGGUGGUUGGGAGAUCAAAUGCAUCGGAACACUUACCACUUUGGUCAUCCUCUCCAUGUUCGUGCUCGUCCUGGCUAUCACCAUUGAGAAAGGAUAA